AUGCUCUCCUUUCUCUCUCUCGCCCGGUCUCUCGCGUUGCUAUGCCUCCUCGUCAGCACCACCACCUCCGCGGAGCUGGCACCUGAGCGGCAGCACUCAGGCCAUACGAACAACUGGGCCGUGCUCGUGUCCGCGUCGCGGUACUGGUUCAACUACCGGCACAUGUCGAAUGCGCUCGGGAUGUACCGGACGGUGAAGCGGCUCGGGAUCCCGGAUUCGAACGUGAUCCUCAUGCUCGCGGACGACGUCGCGUGCAACGCGCGGAACAAGUUCCCCGGGUGCGUCUACCACAGCGCCGGGCGCACGCUCGACCUCUACGGGGACAACAUCGAGGUCGACUACGGCGGGAACGAGGUCACGGUCGAGAACUUCCUCCGCGUGCUCACCGGGCGGGUGGAGGAGUCGGUGCCGCGGUCGAAGCGGCUGCUGACGGACGACCGGUCGAACGUGUUCGUGUUCAUGACCGGGCACGGGGGGAACGAGUUCCUCAAGUUCCAGGACCAGGAGGAGCUGAGCGCGUUCGACGUCGCGGACGCGAUCGCGCAGAUGUGGGAGAAGAAGCGGUACAACGAGCUGUUCUUCAUGAUCGACACGUGCCAGGCCAACUCGAUGUACUCUAAGAUAUACUCCCCGAACGUGCUCGCGACGGGCUCGUCCGUCGUCGGGGAGAACUCUUACUCGUACGAGAACGACUACGACAUCGGGGUGUCGGUCAUCGACAGCUACACGCACUGCGUCCUCGACUUCAUGGAGGGCAUCAACAAGACGAGCCACGCGACGUUGGGCGACUUGUUCGACUCGUACGACCCCGCGCGGAUGAAGUCGCACCCGGGCGUCCGCUCGGACCUCUUCCGGCGGCCGCUCAAGGACGCGCUCGUCACGGACUUCUUCGGCGGCGUCGCACAGGCCGAGGUCCUCCCCCCGCUCUUCCCGUUCCCGGCACAAGUCGCGCUCGACACUCCGGUGGGCGAAGUCGAGGACUCCGUGGACGUCGUCGAUGGGGAGAACGCGACGGACGUGCGCGCGCCCGCGGGGACGCUCGACGCGGAGGUGUUCAAGGCGGCGCUGCGGACGGGCGGGGGAGACGGCGGCGCGGUGGUACGGACGGCGCGGACGUGGGGCGCGAGCGCUGGCGUCGUCGGGCUGGUCGCGUGGGUGGUGUCGCGGAGGAAGUGA